GGUGGUGGAAAGCGAGUGGUUGGUGCAGACGGAGAAGAGAGAGGAGAGGAGCAGUUUCCAUCCCGCUCUGGGCGCAACCUCAUCCAUCAAUCCAUGGGAGCAGAGACAUUACCCUUUCCUCUAUAGUGGAGAUCAGUCUGAGUCCAUCUCCUGUGCGUAAAACACCGAGGACAGCCUGGAGUCAAGAAGUGCGCCAGGACGGAUCCGGAGAACCCGGGUCUAUACCGACGGCAGAGGAAGUUUCUGCUCUGCCUGAUUGUUAUCUCCAGAGUGAUUUAGUCAUUUGGUUUGCUUGACUUUUGAUCUCCGUGGUUGGAGAGGAGAUGGGACACCAUCAGACCUGAGGACAUUUCUGGAUUGUGUGUACGGUUAGGCUACCGUGGACCGGAGAGAGAGAUGAAGUUCGGUAAGAAGAGCGUCUGUGUAUUGAACGUGGGGGGUACCCGGUACGCAUUCCCUGGCGAGGUGAUCCGUGAUUUCCCACUUCAGCGCGUGAGCCGCCUGCACGCCUGUGUCACGGAGAAGGAAGUCCUCGAGGUCUGCGACGACUACGACCAGGAUAGCAAUGAAUUCUUCUUCGACCGGCACGCGCAAGCCUUUGUCUUCAUUAUGCUCUACUUGCGCUCCGGAAAGCUCCGAUUCGUCCCGGGAGUGUGCGCGCUCUCCUUUUACAGCGAAAUGCUGUACUGGGGGCUUGGGAGCGCGCAUCUGGAGUUCUGUUGCCAGCGGAGACUAGACGACACCGGUUACUCCGAAGAGGACCUGAUUAUGCGCGCGGAGGACAACGAGUCCCGGAGCGAGGUGGAGGUGGAGAAAGGAUCAGGGUGGCUAGAGUGGAUGCGUCGGACCUUUGAGGAACCGGGGUCAUCGGUGGCGGCUCAACUCCUCGCUUUGCUGUCCGUCAUCUUCGUCAUCGUCUCCAUGGUGAUGCUGUGUAUGAGCACGCUGCCAGAUUGGAACACGGCAAAACACAACACAGUGGAAGAGCACAGGAUUGUGGAGGCGGUGUGUAUCGGUUGGUUCACAGCGGAGUGUGUGGUGCGUUUCCUCGUGGCUAAGGACAAGCUGGUCUUCCUGUGUCGGCCGCUGAACCUGAUUGACGUGGCGGCCAUCACACCUUACUACGUUUCCAUGGUGAUGCCAGGCGGAGCAGGGGGAUUGUCAGGCGUCGCCGGGGUAACCCUGAGGGUUCUGAGGAUGAUGCGUGUGUUCUGGCUGGUGAAGCUGGCCAGACACUUCCUGGGACUGCAGACUCUGGGGAUGACGCUACGCCGCUGUCGUCACGAGAUGGCCACCCUCGCCAUUUUCCUUACCGUUGCCACGGCAAUAUACAGCGCAUUGGCUCAGCUGCUGGAGCAUGGCCUCGACCCUGACCACCGUAACCUUGAUGACCGCAGUAACAGAGGAGGAGACUAUGCCAGCAUCCCAGCUGCCGCAUGGUGGGCUGUCAUCUCCAUGACGACCGUUGGUUACGGUGACGUUUACCCGGUAACGGUUGGUGGGCGCAUGCUGGGCGGGCUGUGUGUGGUCAGUGGCAUCGUUCUUCUGGCAUUGCCAAUCACCUUCAUCUACCACAGCUUUGUUCAGUGUUACAACGAACUGAAGCUCCGCUCCGCUAGGUACACACACACACACACACACUGAAUAUACAGACAGACAGACAGACAGACAGACAGACACACACACACACACACACACACACACACACACACACACACACAUACCCUCUCAUAUUCUACAGCUUUGCCCAGCUGCCUAGUUGAACUGACCCCUUUGGCCCCUCCCCCUGAACAUGGAACUUUAAUGAACUAAUAGACUUUUGGACGUCCCUCGUGUCUCCACCAAUCCUGUGCCGCCAUCUGGAAGCAGGGCAGAUGACAGAAGACACACAAAGACCAUAAGUCCAUGUUUGCAUCAUAUCUCCAUGGAAACUACUUUCGCAGAGACAGCUUUUCCCAUUUGUGUAGGUUUCAGUCUGAAAUAAAAAAAGAGAGAGACAAAGAGAGGAUGAGAUGGCCUGACAGAGAUGAAAGAAACAGACAAAGACAGUCGGCAUGAGCUCAGCAUAAAAGAUCAACAGAGACUGUGUGCGUGUUUGUGUGUGUGAAUGCAUGUGUGAAUUUCUAUUGAUUUUCUCUUAGCAAACUACAAAGUGACAAAUGAUGUGUUUCUGGUCUCUAUGGGCAACAGGUUCCUCAACUAGUUCAGUUACUAUAUGACUGUCAAUCAUAGCUGUGACGCUACUGCUCACUCGCACACACACACACAUACACACACACACACACACACACACACACACACACACACACACACACACAGCUACAGAAUUGUUAACGGGAUAUGUGAUGCUCCCUACCCGUUACAGAUUGGCUAAUGGAAAGCCUCACAAAUAAUUUUUCAAUUAACCUGUUCUUGGAGAUACUAUAAGGAAGAUACUUUUUUGUUCUCGAUUCAGUAAAAAAUGUAUCUUAGAAAUGUCCGUGCCCAGUUUCAAGUGGUUCUCCAGAGAAUAUUCAGAAAGAAAGUAAAUCCACUUUUUGUAUCGAGUGAGAAAUGCCUCUUGCAUCUUUGUUUUGGUCGCAAUGUGUGAUUUGCUGAUCUACUUUUUUAAAAAGUAUUUAUUUAUUUCACCAGGUAGGCCAGUUGAGAACAGGUUCUCAUUUACAACUACACAUGGCCGCGUCGCAUUAAAAACAACGAUUUCUUGCAAAGAUGUUGGGAAAUGCAAGAUGUCUGGCUGCUAAAAUGGUGAGGGAACUCCUCACUCGGUGCAAAACAUGAACUUAAUAUCUUUCUGAAUAUUCUCUGGUAAGAACAGGUUAGUUGAAAAAUUCCUUGCGAGGCUUUCCAUUAGCCAAUCUGUAACGGGUAUGGGGCAUCACAUAUCCCAUGAACAAUUGUGUAGCUACAUAAACCAUAGUUUCAGACUGGACACAGGUAUGCAGAUGAUUGGCUGCCUGUGCCUGUGAGUCGCUGUGAUUCUGAGAGGAGAAAUAUGUGAACCAAACACACACACACUCCCUCUCAUCCCCCUGUUCAUCCCUCUCUCGCUUCCUCUCAUCCGUAUCCAUGCCCCCCCCACCCCUCAACCCUUAUGUAGCUGCACUGUUAUUAGGGCUUUAUGAUUGCAAUUACAAAUGCUUAUAAGUUGAACACUCAUUAAAUCAUCCAACUUUAUUGGCAAGCAAUUUACAGUUGAAGAACAUUCUUUGUUUUUGAUAGGAAGCAUAUCUAGGUGCACUUAUUUAUAUCCCAAUGUUUAAUUGACAGUUAGCCUAAUAAACAAAUUAU